AUGGCGCUUUUCAAUAUCGGCACACUGACAGUUACGAUGCUGUUCCUUCUGGGCAUUUAUUGGGUCGCGUUGGCAAAAACCAAGAACUUUAUGCAAUCCUGGCGGUUUUUCUCGGCGGACUGCGGAAGGACGACCGUUACCAACACGAUGCUGCACCUGCUGAUCAACAUUUUUUCGACUCUGGUGCUCGCAUCCUCAAACUUCUUCAUGCAAGUUCUGAACGCACCAACCAGAUCGGAAGCAGAUACUGCUCACGCUCAGGUCCCUAUUCAUAUGAUGUUCAAUAGUUCUGUGUUCAAGAUCGACAAACGGAUGGGGGAUUUUCAUGUAACAGUCGCCUCCAACGCAUUCAUCGAGGGCGGCUCCUACUUUCUCCCAGGAGCAAGCAUGAUCAUAAGCAACACCACAACCAAUGGCAAUCUUGGCGACACGGCCCUCCUGCCAACCUUUCAAGAUCUCGUCAUCAACAAUGUUUCACAAUAUGCACUCAAUGUGUCGCAAGCAGCUGCUAUAGGUUCGGAAUGGGAGAAACUCGAGCCAGCAGACUGUGGAGGGCUCUUCAACAUAUCAACAUGUACCGGCUUGACCAACUUUCGCAAUCUCGUCAUAGUCUUGAAGGGCUCUGGAUGGAAAAGAUCUGAAACUUGGAACCUCUCGGCGAAUAAUGACGAGAUGUGGCAACCGAUCUUGCCUCGAGACGAGUUCAAUACCCUAUGGUACAGUGCACAAUGCGCUAUGAGUGGUACCCUUACAGGUGACGGUUUUGCCAGUUGCCUCACGAACUGCGAAAAGUUCUUCAAAUGGAAAAAAUGGGAAGAAGAUGAAAGCCGAGUCUCUAUCCUUGUUCAAGACUGGUACCGUUCGCAACCGGUUCCAGAUUACCAUGGCUUUGAGCUAGAUCACUGCCGGGCGGAGCCAAGAAACACAACCUGCAGCGUCGCUCUCGCCAAGCCGCUUCUUCUCAUUGUCCUCAUCUCAAUCUUCAUGAAGAUUCUCACCUGUAUGGUUGUAAUAAAGUGGAAUAACGCGGAGAAUGCCAUAGUCAUGGCUCCUAUCGGGGGUGCGAAUAUUCAUUUCCUCACUACCUUGGUGGCCAACAUCCCGCAACUGUAUCUUUCGUCUAACUAUUAUGUGAUUAACUCAUUGAUCACCCAAAUGGAGAUGGAGUGGGAGUUGAGUGAAUUCUCAACCAAGCAUCGCCCGUUGCGGGUCACGAAACCCAAGGGCCAACAAACAUCUACAUACCGCCUUCAAUUGCCAUAUAAGCUUAGCGUUCCUCUGAUGGUCUCCAGCGUCUUAAUGCAUUGGUUGCUUUCGAAUGCGCUCUUCAUGGUGGUUUCACAGGGCACCUACUAUGUUCUUGGCCCCUCCGACUAUAUAGUCGAUCCUGACAGUCUUCCGAGAGAUGCUGCAAUAAAUCUCGGUAGCUCGAGAGCGCACACGCUUGCAUUAUUCCUCGUUGGUAUCUUGAUGAUGAUCUGCCCAACGAUUCUAUCGAGACAGAAGCUGCCAGGGCAGAUGCCAGUCGUUGGCUCCAACUCAAUGGCGAUUGCGGCUGCCUGUCGCGUCUCUCCGCUGGCUCAAGUGCCCCCGGAUUCCCAUGAAGAGAACAAUAUGCAAGAGACCGAGCUUGCAGAGCUUACAGGCGAAUAUGUUGAAGCCGCAAAUGGGUCAGACAAUCAAAAAAAGAUGAUAUACUACCCUCUCAAAUGGGGCGAGGUCAAGAUGCCCAAAGACUGGUCCAAACACCCGACAGACGGUCAGGAACCGGAGGAGGUAGGCCAUCUCAGUUUUGGCACUGUCCUCGACUGCCCCAGCCCUCCGAAGGAUGGCCGCCUCUAUGUGUGA